AGGGUCCAUCACAAAGUCCAGCGAUUCUUGAUUUAGGGGUAGGAUAUGGGUGACUGGCGUCAUUUGGGCUCAUUUGAGUUCGAUAUAUGGGGAUGUUCUUAUUCCUCUCAAGCAGUCCUGGGUUCAUCCGAGAAUCAACCAAACACCUUGAUUAAACUGCAACGUUGACCUGCAACCUUUGGCGAGUCUGUUAGUGAUACCGUUGCAAUCACACCAAACUGUUAACACUCAAACAAACCCCUAUUCUAUCUCUAAGCAAACCAACAACAACAACAACAACCCACCCACCCACCACCAGAACCUUUGAAAGUAUCGAACAAUCUCGAAAGAGAAAAUACCAACCGUCAAAAUGCCGACCGUGCUAGGCCUGACCAACGAAAAGUCCAAAAACUCCGGGUACACGCCCUCGUCCAACACGAUGGGCUCCAACGCGCGGCUCGACACCAUCUCGAAGCGGAACCACGCGGCGGCACGCGAGAUGGAGACAAUCCUGUGGCGGGCGCUGCUCGACGAGCCCGACACGGCGCGCGACUACAUUGCCCACGACUGCGUCAUGAUCAACCCGCUGCUGGCGCCACACCGCUCCACGCAGCCCCUGUCCAAGGACACGCAGCCCCGCGCCCAGGACGUGCUCGCCUCGUCCGGCAAGGGUUUACAGUACUCGGGCUUCCGGUUCCAUGGCGACCCGCUCGUCGUCGAGGUCGAUCUCAUGGCGGUUGCGCUGGUUUAUAAGUUGAGCUUGUACAAGCAGACGAGGAAGGGAACGAGGGAGAUUGUCUGCACGGGAAGCAGCACGUGGAGGCAAACGGCCGGCGCGGACUGGUUGUUGGUUGCCAUGCAUGUUGCCGAGGUGGACGAGGUUGGUGAGGAUGAGGAGUAGAAUGGGGACUGGUACUGAUUUCGUGUUUUGGUUUUCUUGUUGGCAAAGGUCAUGUUCAUGGGAGUAUGGUCAGGAUACGAGUUGAUAUGGUUUGGGUACCGCCUUGUGGAUAGGUCUUCGGUAUUUCUCUGCUUGGUUUCGAUGGUUGAGUUUGGAGUGCAGUGGAAGGCAUGGAUAUCCCGGUUGACGGACGAGGACUGGACUUAGCAGUGGUAUAUCAAGACGGUAUUGCAUAUCAUCAAUGAUGUCAGUGGUCCAUGAUGGUUCAGUAAUUGUUUUUAUCCAUAUGCUUUGCAACAACAGCCAAUCCUGGCCGAGAGAGAACG